AUGGUCGAAAACCAAGAGGCAAAAUAUGGCCUGAGAAUUACUCCGGCCGUGGUAGAAUUUACGGAAAGCAAGGAGAGAGAAGUAACGGUCGUCGUCAGAAAUAUCGCUGUCAACAGUACAACUGUGCGAUUUCAUCCACCGUUAAAUGAGAACUUCAAAAUGAAAGUGAAAUCGACAGAAAAAGUACUUGCACCUGGACUGUCGACACAACUAACUUUCGUAUAUGCGAAAGAAAAAGUCGAUUCCUAUGAAGAAGAUAAAUUCUUAGUAUCUUGUGAAAGCGGUUCUAUUGAAGUGCGGCUGAUUGCGUCUCCUCCUAAAUGCAUUCUCUCAGUAUCCAAACAGGUUGAUUUUGGUUGUCUGAUUGCUGAUAAUCGAGUCGUGAGCCGAAACAUCAAAGUGACAAAUGAAGGCGAUGAUGAAGGAGAAUUUGAAGUGGAAUACACUGGCACAAACUCAUUGACCAUUCACCCAAAACAGGGCAUCGUUCCUUCACUUUCAUCUCAGACAAUCAAGAUAAACUUUUGUGCCACUUCACCAGGUAAAAUACAUGAAUUUCUAAGCGUGAAAUUGGAAAGAAGUGGAAUAGAGCAUGUGACACUGAUAGCAAAUGUUGUUGAACAGCGUCUUGCACUGUUGCAUCCUGAAACAGCUGAGCCGAUACAGAAAGUGAUGUUUGGAAGCUGCUACUAUGGCUGUGAUCUUAUACAAGUUGGAAUGCUUCAUAAUCAAGGCCCAACUUCAGUCAAGUUUGUAGCGGUCAUGGAAGAAGACACAGUAGGCCAAGAAAUAGAUGGUGACCUUACUGAGCCUACUUGCAUAACAUUGAUCAACAAGCUGGAGAAUAAACAGAGCCAUUCCAGUGCACACACUCAACUUGUUUCCAUCAUACCAAGCCAAGGAACGCUGGGCCCAAAUGAGAAUGUGCUCGUCACUUUCAUUUUUAAACCAAGAUGGGGAAUCCCCCAGAAAGGCUGGAAGUAUAAAAAAGAACCACCUCUCAGAAGAGACUUUGCUAUUUUUGUCCAGUUCCAAGUUGUAGGCAUACAUACUUAUUCAGAUGAUGAAUGGGGUUUAGUUCCAGGAGAAAGUAAACACAGCCCAAAUGUUGAAGUUGCUAUCACGGGAACAGCUCUACCAGUGCUCAUCAGUCUUAGCCCCAAUCAUGAUAAAAUCAAUUUUGGCACCUGUCAUGUCGGUGAAAAAAUUGAUGCAACGUACCUCCUAACCAAUCACUCAUCAAUCCUUCCAGUCAACUACCAGUUCAAACGAAAUGCCCAUUUCAAAGCAGAACCCGAGAAAGGUAGCUUGCAAGCAAGCACCCAAGAAAAAAUCACUUUUAGUUUUGUCCCCAAACAGACAGGAGAGUUUCACUCAAAUAAAAUCUUUGAAGUAUAUGAAAAAGGUGCUAUAAAAGAAGAGGAAACCUGGCCUCGGAAGGACAAACGAAGUGUGUCGUCAUUAGGCUUUCACUGUGUGAUAAAGAAAAAAGUCAUUUUAUCCAUAGAAAUUAAUUUACAUGGCAUUGCAAAAUUAAACCCAGUUAUGAAACCACCAAAGUUCAAUACAGGAAUAACACCUUACAUCACAAACGAAGUGGGUCUUCUGACAGAUAUAAAGUUUUCUGAAGUUGGAAAAGUGCCACGCAACACUAGGGCUUCAGCAUGUGCAUCCAAAUUGCUUCAAACCGGUCGAAUAAUCCGCUCAGCCGAAUUCGAUAGAUCACUGGUUGCCCUUCCGAAUGACAGAGCACAAAGUAUACGACCUUCAAAAUACAAUGACAAUUAUCGUAAUUUGUUCAACAAGGACAAACGUUACACAUACACAGACAAGGAUUACAUGUACACAGACCAAGAAGCUGAAGAUGUUCAGAAGAACCGAGAUAAUUACAAAAUCAUGGUGUCAGAAGCUACAAAAAAGAAAAACAUGCAAUUAGAAAGAAUCAACUUCAAUUCAACAAAUAACAAAUUAGACCUUGGUCUGACACAGACUAUUGGUUUCAAGACAAAAAUGCUGAAAAUAAAAGAUAUCCCAAAAGCAACUAUAGCAGCUAGCUAUCUAUCUAUCUAUACCUCUACCUAUCUAUCUAUCUAUCUAUCUAUCUAUCUAUCUAUACCUCUACCUAUCUAUCUAUCUAUCUAUCUAUCUAUCUAUCUAUCUAUCUAUCUAUCUAUCUAUCUAUACCUCUACCUGUCUAUCUAUCUAUCUAUCUAUCUAUCUAUCUAUCUAUCUAUCUAUCUAUCUAUACCUCUACCUGUCUAUCUAUCUAUCUAUCUAUCUAUCUAUCUAUCUAUCUAUCUAUCUAUCUAUCUAUCUAUACCUCUACCUCUGUCUAUCUAUCUAUCUAUCUAUCUAUCUAUCUCUCUCUCUCUGUCAUAUAUAUCUAUCUAUCUAUCUAUCUCUUUCUUUCUCUCAUCUUUCUCUCUCUCUCUCUCUUCUCUUUCUCUCUCAAAUCUCUAA